AUGGUGCAGCCAUGGAGCCCUGAACCCGGAAUGUCGGCAAGCAGAGAAACGCUUGCCCUGGAGAGUUUGUUCCCCCACUCGGUGAGUUUUGAUCACUUUGAGCCUGAAAUGUACGAGAAUUUUGGGGAAGACACGGAUACCUUGGUGAGUUCCGAUGGGGCUCUGGCCAGAUUUGGAGAGCACAUUCCCUUGGUCUCCAGUGGCAUACAGCUUUUACAUGAGUUGGCAGGCAACCAAGAAGCCUUGGAAAGGGCGAGAAAGUCUGAUCCCUUGGGACGAGAUGGCAUCCUAGUGCAUUCUUUGGAGUAUGUGCCAGUGAUCAAUUCCAUCAUGCAAACAGUGCACCAAGCUGGAGAGGAUGAUGAAUCUUUGCAGCGUGCACGAGAACGAGAUCCCAUUGGAAGGCAUGGUUAUGUGACAAAAGCAUUGGAGCACAUCCCAUUGGUCAGUGAUGGAAUCGUGGCCAUUCACCGCCAUUCGGGUGAUGAUGUGGCAGCAGAACGUGCCCGAGGCUACAGUUUGCAAAAACUCUUUGGCCCAGACGGAGCUGUUACACGCGUCGCGGAGCUGGUUCCUGGCUUGAAUUUCUUACCUGCUGGUUUUCAUUGGAUGAAUGGUGACAGAGAACGCGCUUCUCGCGCGAUUGACCUGCCCCGGAGCUGGGGUUCUGCCUCUGACCCCGACAGUGCCCUGUGGCAAAUGGCGGAGUUGGUGCCCGGAGCGGAUGCUGUUGCCUUUGCAGUGCAUCUUCAGGGAGGAUACUAUGCCCAGGCGCUCCGUAGUGUGACCAAGACCAGCUGGGUCAACGUCCGAACUGAGGAGCUCAUCUUAUGCAUUCGCUGCGGUUCGCUCUCGCAGCUCUGGUGUAGCAAGGUGGACAUCCUUCAUGUGGAUGUGAUUCCCAGGCAGUUUUCCCUGGUGGUUGGUCUCUCUGAUCUAGCGACGAACUUUCUGGAGAUUGAUCGCGAGGCACGCAAGAUGUAUUUCAGCCUUGAACACUGGCCCAAAUCAGCUCAUUUGCUACUGCUGGUGUUGUCUACAUUGAUGUGCCGUUUGUUGAUUCUUACUUCUUAUCCAGUUCCAGCCAUGGCCGACGGUGACCAUGGCUACCCGAAGCCGGAGCAGAUGGAGUCACGACUGGUGGUCCUUCUGUGUGGAAUUCCAGGGUGCGGAAAGGAUGUCAUCGGCCGAAGAUGCGCCAGCUCUUUGAAUGGUGCCGCACUCUCCCAGGAUGAACACAAUGGCAAUGCUGUGGCGACCCAAGCAGCCUUGGAGUCCCUGCUGGCUCAAGGACUUUCGCCCAUCUUCAUUCUGCGGAACGGCGUGGAAGUGGGCGACCGGUUGCCCUACGUCGUGGCGGCGCGACGCGCUGGAUAUCGAGUCACAGCUGUUUGGCCGGAGGAGCUUAGCACAACAUCCAGGAGGGCUGCAUUAUUUUUGGCCAGUCUGGCAGGUUGCUAUGGUCGUCUGACUUCUGGAGGCCGAAGUGGCCAUGAAACUCUGACCAUAACUGAUGGACAGCUGGCAAAACCUGCCCAGGUCUGUUUGAACUUUCUACAGAUGUUUCGGGCACCGUCGGCACCAGGAGAAGUAGAUGCAGUUCUGACCUUGCCAUUUCUGCAAUCAGAUGAAUUAGACCUUGGAGAUCUUGGGGACCUGAAGUUGUCUGGUUUUGGAAAGGGAAAGGUGCUACCAGAAGUGGUGCAGGAGGUGUUCGAAGGUGACUUUGAGAAGGCGAAGGAGAAGAUGAUGCGCUGGGGGACCAUGCGUCGGUCCGUGCAAGACAUUGCUGAUCCGCUUACUGAAUGGGCGAAGCAGCAGAUGUCACAGAAACCAUCAGCCAGCACCUUUUCCAUGCCUUCAACGGACACGAAAAAGCUGCAACGCGCGGCAAAGAUUCGCGCAGCCGUCGAACAUCUGGUGUCACCCUACAACCUGAUUGGACCUGGACUGGUCAAGAACCUCCGCAAGAGUAUGCAAGCAGAGUCAGCGACCCGAGAACAGUGA